AGUGGUGAAUUCGAAAAGCUAGAAUCAGAUGAAUUGGCAGUUUUUUAAAUUUUAAUCAAAUUAUCAAGUAAAUCAUGAGUCAUAACGAUCCAAAACACUUUAUUAUUCCCAACAGUCAACCUAUUGUUAAUCUUGAGUGCAAGGCAGCUUUUGAUAAGCUCACAGAAACUGAAAAACUCUACGCACAUUUUUACUCAAAGGCAAGUUGGUAUGGAGGUCUCAUUGCACUGAUUCAAUCAUCACCAGAGGCUCCUGUGAUUUUCUCUUUAUUCCACCGUGUUUUUACUGCAGAAACCGUCGAGUCUUUCCGCAAAUCUUGUGCCGAUAAAGCUUCAGAUGAAGAAUUUACGGCCUUUCUCGUUUAUGCAAGUGCUUUCUUUGCAAAUUCUGGAAAUUACAAGGGAUUUGGUGACAGUAAAAUUCUUCCCGGGCUUGAUAAAGAUAAGAUGGAGUUGAUUAUCAAAAGUUCCAAAGCUUACCAAGAUGAGACCGCAGUGAUUGAACGAUUAUGGAAUGAAGUUCAAAUUCCUAUUUACUCUUUGACAGAUGAAAACAAAUCUUUAGGUCUUAAGGGUGAAGGAAUAACAACUUACUUCUCAAGCAACUGUACGAAAGAAGAUGCUGAAUUAGUCGCCGAAUGGAUGAAAACCAAGAAAUUAGAAGCCUACAUUUGCAGAACUUUUAAAACUGUUGAUGGAAAUGGAAAAGCUCACUAUGAAAUCCGAUUAGCAUCAGCUGAAGUUGGAGAUGCUAGCGGCAUUACGAUGCCAUCUGAAGAUUACAAUGGAGCAAACUUUAGAGUCACACGUGGCGAUUAUUCUGAACUUCUUAAGAGAGUUGUCGAAGAAUUAGCUCAAGCCCAAAGCUAUUCAGCAAAUGACACUCAAAAGAAUAUGCUCAAAAAUUAUAUCGAAUCAUUUCAAGAAGGCAGUUUAGAUGCACACAAAGAAGGUUCAAGAUAUUGGAUCAAAGAUAAAGGCCCCGUUGUUGAAACUUAUAUUGGCUUUAUUGAAACUUAUCGAGAUCCCGUUGGUUCUCGAGGUGAAUUUGAAGGAUUUGUUUCAAUGGUGAACAAGGAAAUGUCACUGAAAUUCCAGACACUUGUCGACAAUGCAGUAAAUUAUAUUAAAAUGUUACCUUGGGGUCCAUCCUUUGAAAAAGACAAAUAUUUAAAGCCUGACUUCACAUCUCUCGAUAUUUUAACAUAUGCCGGUUCAGGAGUUCCUGCUGGAAUCAAUAUUCCCAAUUAUGAUGAAAUACGUCAAGAUGAAGGUUUUAAGAAUGUUUCGCUUGGAAAUGUUCUUGCAUCUGUUAACAAGACAGAUCCAAUUCCUUUCUUGUCUGAUGAAGAUCAAGAACUGUUGAAAACUUAUAAAGCAGUUUCAUUUGAAGUUCAAGUUGGUCUUCAUGAAUUACUUGGUCAUGGUUCGGGUAAAUUAUUCCGUAAAAAUUCUGAUGGCGAACCAAAUUGGGAUGUAAAAUCUGUCAUGAAUCCUUUGAGUGGAAAAUCAAUCGACAAGUGGUAUGAACCUGGUGAAACUUAUGAUUCGAAAUUUAAGGCAAUGGGAUCAAGUUAUGAAGAAUGUCGUGCUGAAGCUGUUGGAUUGUAUCUUUCAUUGAUACCAGAAAUUUUAGAAGUGUUUGGCCACGUCGAUAAAGUUGAACAAGAAAAAAUCAUUUACGUCAAUUGGUUGUUGCUGAUCUACAAUGGUGCUGGUUUAGCUACAGAAAUGUGGAAUCCAACAACUAAACAAUGGGGACAAGCUCACAGUCAAGCAAGAUUUGUUAUCAUGAAAGUUAUGCUUGAAGCUGGCGUAGUCGAGAUCAAGGAAACUUCAUCUGGAGAAGAUCUCUUGAUCACUGUUCAUCGCGAUAAAAUCUUGACUGAUGGUAAAAAAGCUAUUGAGAAUUUCCUUAUGCAACUUCAAGUUUAUAAAUCUAUGGGAGAUUAUGCAACUGCCAGUGAUAUGUACACAAAGUAUUCAACAGUUGAUGAAGAUGGUGUUCAUCCAUUCGCAAAGUGGCGUCAAAUUGUGUUGUCAAAGAAGAAGCCACGUCUUAUCUUAGUUCAGGCUAACACUGAAUUAAAUGAGAAAACUUCUGUAACAUUAAAGACAUACGAUGCAAAUUUCGAUGAAUAUAUUAAUUCAUGGCGUGAACGUUUUGGAAAAGAUAGCAAAGAGGUUAAUGAAAUCCUUGAACGUAUUUACGAAGCUGAUAAACACCAUUUCGUUUAAAAAUAAGAAAAAUCUGUCAUCCAUGAUGAAAAACUAAUAAAUUUUUGUUGAAUAAAACUUUAUGAUACCACAAAAAAGAUUUGCUUUCAUUCAUUGCGAGAAUAUUAGAUGCUUGAGCUUUUUGCUGAUAU